AUGCUUGGCAAGGACACUGCACAAGGCAGUGCACUGUUGCCGUUUGGCCCUGAAGGCUUGAACAUGCCGUCGAGGGGAGUCGACGGUCUUGGUGACUCUGUCCUAGGCUUUGGCCACUCCUUGGUGGUGGAUUUGCCGACAGAGUCAUGGAACAAAAGCAUUGAUUGUUGUUCAUGGGAGGGAGUGAAAUGCGACCACGUGACUGGUCAUGUAAUCGGCAUCGAUCUUAGUCAGAGUUGCCUUGUUGGUUCUCUCUUUGCAAACAACAGCCUCUUUCAACUUCAAAACCUCCAAUGGCUUGACUUGAGCUACAACUACCUCGAAGGCUCUCUUCUUGAGAACACUCGCAGCUUGUUUCAUUUUCAUGGACUACGACGACUCAACCUUGCUGGGAAUGGUUUCGAUGGCACCAUUUCAUCAAAGUUAUUUAGUCAGUUGGUGAGUUUAACCCAUCUUAAUCUUUCUGAUAAUGCCUUCUCUGGCUUAAUCUCGCAUCAAAUCGGUGUCUUGUUAAGUUUGGUUUCACUUGAUGUUUCCAUUUCUGAAUUGAGAUUUGAUGGCCAAGGUUUCGACUUGCUUGCAAGAAACUUGACAAAAUUAAGAAACCUUGUGCUUGACUAUGUAGAUAUGUCUGAUGUUGCACUUACUUCCUUUCUAAACUUGUCUUCGUCCCUUGAACAUUUGAGUCUCUCACAUUGUCAAUUACAUGGGGAAUUUCCAACUCAAGUUUCUCAGCUUCCAAACCUCAAAAAUUUAGAUUUAAGUGAGAAUGAAAAUCUCACAGGUUAUCUCCCUAACACAGACUGCAGUAGUGGCCUUGAGUUGUUGGACCUUUCCCAUUGUGGUUUUAGGGGGCCAAUUCCAGCAACAUUUGGAAAUCUCACUAAAAUCAUUUCCGUUUAUUUACAAGGAAAUUCGCUUGAAGGACAGAUUCCAGAUGUUUUUAGAGACCUUAGAAAAUUAAUUUCUUUGAGCUUUUCUUCAUGCAAUUUGAGUAGUCCACUUCCGACAACUAUCUUCAACCUCACAAAAAUUACCUAUUUGGAUUUGUCAAAAAACCACUUGGAAGGUCCCUUUCCAAAUUAUGUUAGUGGGCUUCAAUUUCUAGGGAAACUUCGGUUAUUUAAUAACUCUAUAAGUGGUGGAGUUCCUGUUGAACAUGGACUGCAAUGUAACAAAAGGCCAGAAAGCAGACUAGCAGCUGCAGCAGACCAGCAUUCGAGCAGGACUAGAAGCAGCUUGUUUCUUUUGUUUACUUUUUGUUUAUUUUUGUAA